CCUGGAUCCUACCACGAGGUUCCUCUGUCACCCGCGUCACACGCAUUGCCACUCACAUCAUUUUUAAAUACUCGCUCCCCAGACUCGUGGCCUCUAUAGAUUCAUAGAUCGUGUUCGUUCGUCUCAUCGCUUAAUCCAGAACAUCUAUAUAAUUCCUGUCGCAUAUAGCGUCGUUCACGUGAAGUAAUCCAGCGCAUUUUCCACCAUUAUCACCAAUCGCCUCCGCAUAUCAGCUACUUAUAUCAGCAUUUAUUUUUCACAUUGUGAGCUAUAUACACGACAUCUUUGAAGAUCAGUGACGACGCUUUAUCGCAUUCCUUUGCUCUUCAAGUUGCCUUUCAUCUUAGCCGAGUGACCAGACACCGCGCGUACUGUCCAACUACUGCAGCACGAUCAAGGCGAACCUAUCGCAGGCGCAUUAAACUUACAUAUUCAUCAUGGCGGCACCUAAUAUGCCGAUUCGUCUUUCGGUCCACACUGGCACCCAAGACGGCAAGCACCCCCAGCUUCCAAAAGGGUCACAGCCAACCCCUCCAAUUACCCCAACUAUCGGUCAUGAGAGCAGUUCGCCCGGAGUCGACACACUCAGUCGCUCAGUAUCUCCUGUGUCCUUUUCAGGAGGACAGCUGCAUGACAUCUUACCAUCUGACCGUCGGACUGUAACCGCGCCACGCAAGUUCUCCGACGCGUUGGAGUUCCACUAUGACUCCAAGGGUCGCAAGGUCGAGUUCGGCCGUGGCGUUUGGAGCGUCGUUUACAUGGCAUCCUCCCGCGCAUCUUCCACCCCAGCUGCACUGAGUCCUCCAAGCUCGCCCGCAUCAGGAAGCCGCGUGGUGGCCGUCAAAAUGCCUGGGCGACGCGAUGCGCCCCCAGUGCUUGACGCGGAGGCCCUAGCGCUGACCCGUCUGAGCAUGGUUCCUGGUUGCGAGGACCAUAUCGUGCCAUUCCACGGCUACAUUGCCGAUUCCCAUGCCAUCGUCAUGGGCGCCGUGCCGCUUGCACUCUCAGCCUAUAUUGAAGAAAAGGCCAGUGCAGCCAAGAAGCACAUGUCCACCAGCACGAUGUUUGACCCCGUUCAAGGCAUGGCCGAAUGGCACGGUCUCGCGAAGAAGCUUGUCGCGGGACUCGAUUGGCUCCAUAACGGCGCUCGAAUGGUCCAUGGUGAUAUCAAACCUUACAACUUUCUAUUGCGCCCCCGCCCUAUUGCCAAUGACUCGGAUUCCGAUGAAUUCCCCUUUGAGCCGCUCUUCGCAGACUUUUCCUCUGCGCACCCCAUCGGCGACUGCACCUCCGCAACCGAGGGCACGGCGCUGACAGCCCUAACGCCCCCAUUCACCGCCCCUGAACUGCUGUCCAUCUCGGCGCUCAAGUCCCCUGACGUCGUCCCGACUCCGGCGUCAGACGUCUUCUCGCUCGCAGUGACUCUCCUCGCAGCCGCGACGGGAGAUCUCUUACUGUACCCGGGAACAAGCAGCAUGCAGCGUCUUGCCAUGGCCCGUGAAGGACACCAAGUCAUCGACUUUGCUCGUUCGGGCCAGAGUGGCGCUCGCAUUCCCAGAAAGGGCAUAGUCGAGCAGAUUGUCAAGCCAGCCAUUGCUAAGGAUCCGUCCCAACGCAUCGAUCCUGCCGACUGGCUGGGGCUGGUGAUGAACACCAUGACUUGAUCUUUCAGUUUUACCUCCUUCAUUCUCUGAUUUACUAGAAUUUCAAUCCUCCGGCCUAUUGGAUGAUCUGGAUCUGACGUUUCUCCCUCUCGUCUCUCCUUGCCUUGUCGGGGCUAUGGCCUGCGCCGUUCUUCUCUUCUUCUCUUCUUCUCUUCUUCUCUUCUUCUCUUCUUCUCUUCUUCUCUUCUUCUCUUCUUCUCUUCUUCUCUUCUUCUCUUCUUCUCUUCUUCUCUUCUUCUCUUGUCUUAAACAAAUCAUUAUAAAGGAUACCCGAUUAGAUUUUCAUUGAUUCUGGACAAUUUUGACGUUGAUGCGAUAUACUUUUCUUUUCUUGCUAUGGCUGUUAUGUGGAUACGUUGGGUUCUGAGUAUACAGUGUACGAACGUGUUAUCAGCCUGCUAUGUGUGACAAGUAUCCCUGCCACGAGAUGCACUCCUGUUGUAUCCAAUAAGGCAGAUCAAAAAUGCCAUGUUGUAGUACUAUCCCUGAA